AUGAAGGGGAAGGAGGAGAAGGAUGGCGGCGGGGGCGGGGGCGGCGGCGGCGGCGGCGGCGGCGGGGGGACCGGGGGCGGCGGUAGCCCGGAGAAGAGCCCCAGCGCCCAGGAGCUGAAGGAGCAGGGGAACCGACUCUUCGUCGGACGCAAGUACCCGGAGGCCGCCGCCUGCUACAGCAAGGCCAUCACCCGGAACCCUCUGGUGGCUGUGUAUUAUACCAACCGGGCCCUGUGCCACCUGAAGAUGCAACAACAUGACAAGGCCCUGGCCGACUGCAAACGGGCGCUGGAGCUGGACGGCCAGUCGGUUAAAGCCCACUUCUUCCUGGGCCAGUGCCAGCUGGAGAUGGAGAGCUACGACGAGGCCAUCGCCAACCUGCAGCGAGCCUACAACCUGGCCAAGGAGCAGCGGCUCAACUUCGGGGACGACAUCCCCAGCGCCCUGCGCGUUGCCAAGAAGAAGCGCUGGAACAGCAUCGAGGAGCGGCGCAUCCACCAGGAGAACGAGCUGCACGCUUAUCUCACCAAGCUGAUCAUGGCGGAGCGCGAGCGGGAACUGGAGGGGUGCCGCCAGAGCCAGGAGGAGGAGGAGGAGGAAGAGGAGGAGGAGAGCAGCGUGGAGGAGAGCCGGGGCCGGGCUCAGCUGGCCACCAUCGAAGCCAAACACGACAAGUACCUGGCCGACAUGGACGAGCUGUUCUCGCAGGUGGACGAGAAGAGGAAGAAGCGAGACAUCCCCGACUACCUGUGCGGGAAGAUCAGCUUCGAGUUGAUGCGGGAGCCGUGCAUCACCCCCAGCGGCAUCACCUACGACCGCAAGGACAUCGAGGAGCACCUGCAGCGCGUGGGCCACUUUGACCCCGUGACCCGGAGCCCCCUGACCCAGGAACAGCUCAUCCCCAACCUGGCCAUGAAGGAGGUGAUCGACGCCUUUGUGUCAGAGAACGGUUGGGUGGAAGAUUACUGAGGGGACCCCGCCCCGGGGGAGGCGGGAGGGGGCCGGAACCCGCCUUACCGUCCGUCCGUCUGUCCGCCAGCCCCCGACCCCCCACCCCCCUCUCCGCCGGGCUCAGGUGGCAUCUUGGCUUCUCACCUGCUCUGGUUACCUGGGGUGGGCAGGCGGGCCCUGGGCCAAGGGAGAUGGGGAGGUGGCGGGGGGGAAAGGAAGGUCCUUCGGGGGCCGCGGCCUGGGGGUGGUCUCCCCGUCUGUGUACAUAGCGUGUGUGCGUGAGUGAGUGUGAGUGUGGGGUUGGGGGGGGGGGAGUGUGAGCGUGUGUCUUACCGGGUUCUGUAAAUAGUCGGUUCCUGGAGCCCCGGCUGAGCGGCGCCUCGCUCUCCACACCUCCCAUCCGAGUGGCGAUCCCAGCCUGACUCCUUCCCCUGCCCCGCCCCGGGGCCGGGGGUGCAUGUGGUGGAGGGAAGGGCGCUCCUGGGGCAAUAAAGUCUGUGAGCAAUAUGCACGUGA